GCGCGUAGUAAACUCAGUCAGUCAUCGAAAACUUUGCAGCGUGCGCCUUGAACUUGUCACUGUAUGGAGUUUUAUGGAUGUUAAUUAUUUUAUAUGACCUAAACCGAGCCAUCAUGAACACUUAAGAAACCAGACUCAGCGCUAUCAGGGAAAUUCUGCAGGCCACCACAGUUUGCUGAUUUGUACAGCUGCACUAAGCCACUGUUUCUGCUCAAGCACUGUGAAGAAAUGCAGUCCCUAAAGACGUAACUGUUCCUCUAUGCUCAUAAUGCUGAACUGAUUUAUCAAACCUGGGAUGGCCUCGGAAAAGACUCAGACGCGAUUAGGUGCUGUGGCCGUAGCUCAGCGCGCAUCAUCUUCUACAAAAAAUGGCGGCUUCCAGGACUUUCACCAAUUCCCCGAUCCUUACCGCUCCAGACAGCACUGUGGCCCAUCCCUGCUCUGGUACAGAAAGUUGUCGACAGACAGUGGAAGAGACAACCUCGCUGAUGGGAAUGGGCUAUACCCUGGAGAUUUAAGCUGCUCUCCUGGCUCCCGGGACAGAUUAAAUCCUGAUGGAGUUACUGGGAUCAGGGUUUCUCCGAUAGCAUCUGUGAGGGCCUCAGCGGGAUGUUCAGAUCAACUGGACUCUUUGCUAGAGGACAGGUCUGGUGUCUACACAAGUCCAGUGUCCAGUCCACACCCAAAGAACAGACACCUCCGCCGCAGCAGUCUCCCUGUGUCUGUGCUCAGCCUCAACAAGACCUCCCCUCACCUGAGCUGGUCCAGCCCCUGCAGUGAGCCUGCGUCCCCGGGGUCCUCUCCUGACCUCUCUCGCCACUGUCUCCCACCGGGACACCUGAAGCGACAGCGCGUCAUAACUGGCUACUCCAGUUUAGAGCGCCUCAACAGACGUCCUCGGGGUAACAAGUGUGUGGUGGACAAACUGUUCCUGCCCCCUGCUGCACCGGGGCAAGAGUCCGGCAGCAGCAGCAGUGAGAGCGGCGCUGAGGAGGCAGAUGAAGAGGACUGUGAGAGGAACCGCAAGGAGCGCUCCACUGUCCUCGUCCGCCGCUUUUACAAAAACAACACAAAGGUCAAGAAAUCAGUUUGUACCGGAACCAGGGCUAUCGUCAGGACGCUGCCUUCAGGACAGAUCUCAGAGGAGGCCUGGCAGAAGGUCAUGUGUCACCAGAACUGGAGACCAACAAAAGACCAAGUGUGGAGUCUGCUAACCUGCACCAGACCAGAAGAGUUUGGGGUGCGCAGGGACAUGCUCAGAAUAGUCCUCAAUUUCCAACAGGUGUGUGGCGAUGUCCCAGGAAGAGGGGAGCCUUACCUGACUCACCCGGUCCAGAAGCUGCUUUUGUGCUGUGGACAUGAGCACCUCAGGGACCCCGGUGCCUCCAGCCCCCUCACAUUGUCUCUAAGCUCUGGGCCUGCAUCUCAUCCAAUCAGGUCGUACCGUGCCUGUAGCGUGCGGACCUCCGUGUGUUCUCUGUUGUCUGGAGCUCUUCUGGAGGCUACGGCCGCUGUCGGUGCCCGCUCCUCUCUGCCCCUGCCCCCGCCCUGCCCACAGAGUGCCAACUGCCACGCUGUGCUGAAAGAGCGGCAACUGGCCAACAGCAUGACCAGCAGCACUCUCCCUCCCAGCGUUAGUGGCAUCAGUAAAGAGCUAGCUGACCUCCGACCUCUGGUGCAAUUUCCAGAAGAAAUCGCAUGUAUCCUCACCGAGCAGGAGCAGCAGCUAUACCAACGGGUAUUUCCCUUGGACUACCUCUGUUUCCUCACUCGAGACCUUGGCAGUCCCGAGUGCCAAACUAAACGCCACCGAAACCUCAAAGCCACACUGUCUGCGCCCUCCAUGCCUACCCAGAAUGCCAUGCGCACCAAUGCAGUGGAGGAUUUGGUCGCACGCUUCAAUGAGGUCAGUUCAUGGGUGACAUGGCUGGUCCUCACAGCAAGUUCAAUGGAGGAGAAGAGAGAGGUUUUCUCCUAUCUGGUGCAUGUGGCCAAGUCCUGCUGGAACAUGGGCAACUACAACGGUGUCAUGGAGUUUCUUGCAGGGCUAAGAUCUCGCAAAGUUCUUAAAAUGUGGCAGUUUAUGGACCAGUCAGAUAUAGAAACCAUGAGGAGCCUGAAAGACGCCAUGGCACAGCACGAGACUUCAUCUGAGUAUAAGAAGGUGGUGACCAGAGCGCUCAAUAUACCUGGAUGCAAGGUGGUGCCUUUCUGUGGAGUUUUUCUGAAGGAGCUCAGUGAUGCUUUAGACGGGACGGCAAGCAUCAUCAGCCUGAAGCGAGAUACCACAGAGGAUUCACUGGAGUUUGUGUCUGACUACAGCGGCCAACAGAACUUCAUGUCUCGCUCUGGACCAGACGGACUCCAUGUUCCCGAAAAAGAAGCAACAGUCAGCAACAUACUUCAAAUCAUCCGGUCAUGUAAUCGGAGUUUAGAGGCAGAAGAUCCAGACGAUGCUUCGAUCAGUGGUUCCUCUGGUCCAUCAGUGGCGUCCAGAACUAACUCUUUCAAGGACUACAACCGCAAUCAUUCCUGUUCAUUUAGGACCCCACCUGAUUCAAACCGUGUCUUAUUCAUGGUGGGAGAUUUGUCCGACUCCGAAAACGACUCCUCUUCAGAGCCUGUGCCAAAGGACGGGGACUGCCAGAGUAGUGAGGACGCACACAAAGCCUUCAGCCACAACACAGAGCUCAUUCCCUGGUAUGUUUUGUCUCUACAACCCGAUAUCCACCAGUUUCUGCUACAAGGAGCCACAGUGAUCCACUAUGACCAGGACAGCCAUGGGACCGCACGCUGUGUUCUGCGACUCCAGCCUGACAACGUCACACUCACAUGGGGUAAGCCUCCAAGCGGUGGAGGCUUUUCUUCUGAGCACCCCAUUGGAUCGGGACACUCCAUUGCAGUGGGACUCGCAGAAGGCCUUUUGGACCUAGCAGUCGUCAAGGCAGUAUUCAUGGGUCACCAGGGCAUAGACAUCCACGGAGUGUGUGUACAGAACAAGCUGAAUCAGAUGACUGUGGAGGAGAAUGGACUGAGUCUCCUCUAUGGGCUCAGUACCACUGACAACAGACUCCUGCACUUUGUUGCCCCAAAGAACACUGCACAAAUGCUGUACAAAGGCUUGUCCGAGCUGGUAAAUGCCAUCCGAAAGUUAAAGAAGUUUCCUGAUCAAAGACUGCAAUGGCUACGCAGGCAAUAUGUCAGUCUGUAUCAGGAGGAUGGCAGGCAUGAGGGUCCAACUUUAGCACAGGCCAUUGAGCUGUUUGGGGGGAGGAGGUGGAACAUGGGCUCUGGUGGAGUGGAGAAAACGGCCGCACAGAAAAACAGUCAUCUGGGAAUCAAUGAAAAGGCCAAGAAGAAGAAGAAGGUCCUAGUGCGGGGAGACAGUGGAGAUGCUACAGAUGAUGAAAUGGUUUCAAGGAAAACUCGCAGCUGUAAGGAGGGACUGUAUCGCAACGGGCCCGAGUCUGACAGUGUAGACCAAGAAGAUCCAGAAGAUGGCUUCCCUGGACCCUUCUCUCUGUCGUCCAGUCGGAGCCCUGGGUUGUUGGUGUCUUCUUCCUCUUCAUCCUCUUCCUCCAGUAUGACUGGAGCUAGCCAGUCCCGGCCCCAGUCCUCCCCAAUCCUGUCAGGGAGCACCAAGUCACAGCCUGGGGCGUGGAGCAGUCGGUCAUGGCAUGGCCGAGGAAAGGGCUGUUUCAAAGGCUUCCAAAACCUGAUGAUUUCUGACAGCACCAUGAGCUUCAUCGAAUUUGUGGAACUUUUCAAAUCCUUUAGCAUCCGUAGCAGGAAGGACUUGAAGGAGCUGUUUGACACUUUUGCGAUCCCCUGCAGUCGCUCAGGCCCGGAGACUGCACCUCUUUACACAAACCUCAAGAUAGACGACAAAGACACAGGCCCGCAGCCAGACCUCGACUUACUCACCCGGAACGGCUCGGAUUUGGGUUUGUUUAUCCGGACCAGGCAGCUCAUGUCGGACAACCAGAAGCAGAUUUCCGAUGCUAUCGCAGCAGCCAGCAUCGUGACCAAUGGCACCGGGGUGGAAAACGCCUCUCUGGGGGUCUUGGGACUGUCCAUCGCUCAGCUCAAUGACUUUUUAGUGAACUGCCAGAAAGAACAUCUAAGCUAUGAUGAAAUUCUCAGCAUUAUUCAGAAAUUUGAACCCUCUGUGAGUAUGAGGCAAAUGGGAUGGAUGUCAUUUGAAGGAUUUGCCAGGUAUUUAAUGGACAAGGAUAACUUUGCUUCAAGAAAUGAGGAAUCCCAGAUAAACCCAGAGGAGCUGCAGUAUCCACUAUCAUACUAUUACAUUGAGUCUUCUCACAACACGUACCUGACCGGACACCAGCUCAAAGGGGAGUCCUCUGUAGAGCUUUACAGUCAGGUUUUACUGCAGGGCUGUAGGAGUGUUGAGCUGGACUGUUGGGAUGGGGAUGAUGGGAUGCCAGUAAUCUAUCAUGGACACACACUCACGACCAAGAUCCCUUUUAAGGAUGUGGUAGAAGCAGUAAACCGCUCUGCAUUUGUCACCUCUGACAUGCCGGUCAUACUGUCCAUAGAGAAUCACUGCUCCCUCCCUCAGCAGCGCAAGAUGGCUGAGCUAUUUAAGACUGUGUUUGGAGAUCGUCUCGUGACCCGUUUCCUUUUUGAGAGUGACUUCAGUGACGACCCCCACCUGCCGUCACCAUGGCAACUUAGGGGCAAGAUCCUGUUGAAAAACAAGAAGCUCAAAGCCCACCAGGCACCCGUGGACAUCCUCAAGCAGAAGGCUCACCAGCUCGCCCAUAUGCAAGCUCAGGCUAGCAACGGCUCACAAGGCAUCCCGUCACCUGGCAACCAUGCGAAUGAGGAAGACGAAGAGGAGGAGGACGAGUACGAUUAUGAUUACGAGUCUUUAUCAGAUGAUAACAUCCUGGAUGACAAACCUGAGGGGAAGAGCCCUGCAGAAAAGGAGGAGCACCCAGUUGAUGAAAUGCCCAAGAGGAAAAAGACUGACAGCACGAGCCAGAGCAAAGGAAAGCAGGUGUUUGACAUGGAGCUGGGAGAGGAGUUUUAUCUGCCUCAGAAUAAGAAGGAGAGUCGUCAAAUCGCACAGGAGCUCUCAGAUCUGGUCAUCUACUGCCAGGCCAUCAAGUUUCCUGGCCUGUCCACGCUGUCUCCGACUGGCUCCAGUCGGGGGAAGGACCGGGGGAAGAGCAGGAAGUCCAUUUUUGGAACUGCUCCCACUCGCUGCAGCACAACAGGGGAGGUCGUGGCACAGAACCGCACCCCUGGGAAAGGUGGCAGUGAGCGUUUGAGUUGGGAGGAACAGCAGACUUCCCCUGUCCUUACCGCCCCAACAUCUCUGAGCGCCAUCAUUCGAACCCCAAAGUGUUACCACAUCUCCUCUGUGAACGAGAACGCUGCCAAAAGACUGUACCGGCGCUACUCUCUGAAGCUGAUCCAGCACACGGUGGGCCAGCUGCUCAGGACCUACCCCGCUGCCACCCGGAUCGACUCCACCAACCCUAACCCCCUGCUCUUCUGGCUGCACGGCAUACAGCUGGUGGCCCUCAACUAUCAGACAGAUGAUUUGCCAAUGCAACUAAAUGUGGCAUUAUUUGAAGCCAACGGUGGAUGUGGGUAUGUUCUGAAGCCUGCAGUGCUGUGGGAUCGCAGCUGUCCUCUUUACCGACAGUUCUGUCCAAUCGAAAGGGAUGUUGACAAAAUGACUCCUGCUCUUUAUUCAAUUACAAUUGUCUCUGGUCAGAAUGUGUGCCCUGGGAACAGCUCGGGAAGCCCCUGUGUGGAGGUGGACAUUCUGGGCAUGCCCGUGGACAGCUGCCAUUUCAGAACCAAACCCAUCCACCGCAACACACUCAACCCCAUGUGGAGCGAGCACUUCCAGUUCAGUGUCUACUUCGAUGAGCUGUGCUUCGUCCGGUUCUCUGUGGUGGAGAACAACAGCUCCCAGACAACUGCACAGAGGACACUGUCUCUGAAGGCCCUCAAGCUUGGCUACAGGCAUGUCCAGCUCAGGACACAGCACAAUGAGCCUCUGGAAGUGUCCAGUUUAUUUAUCUUCAGCUCCAGAACAGAGGAAAGUCCAACUGGGGGCGCCACUCCUGCAUCCCUGCUCUUCAGUUCAGAGGAGAAGCGGUCUUCACAGCAGCACAAAGUGACAGUCCAUGGAGCUCCAGGCCGUGAGCCUUUUACACUGUUCCCUGUAACAGAACUCACCACAGUCAGGCAGCUGCUGGAGAAGGCUGUGAGCUCCACAGAUGGACCCUGUGAGUAUGUGUUGUGUGAGGAGAAACUGCCUCUGUCCAAAGAGCGCGGAGCUGAUGUGAAGAGAUCUGCCCAAGUCCGGACUCUGGCACCUGAUGAGAAAGUCCUCCGACUGGUCUGGAACUGGACCACAGAAGAGGGAUAUGUGGGGAGGCUCUGUCUGAAACUCAGAGAAGAGAAAGCUGCUGAUAAAGGCCUGUGUCCUGAUGGAGAAGAGGAGCUGGCAGUGUGCAGCAGAGAUGCAGGAGAAGAUGACAUGUUCUUUGUCCAGGUUCAUGAAGUUUCCCCUGAGCAGCCACACACGGUCAUCAAAGCUCCACGCUACAGCACUGCACAGGACAUCAUUACACAGACUCUGUCAAAGGCCAAGUACUCCUGCAGUAUCCUGUCCAACCCUAACCCAGGAGACUAUGUCCUGAUGGAGGAGGUCACCAAGGACUUAGUCUCCACAAAGAAGUCAUCUGCAUCUAAACCGGUGCAGAGAGUGCUCCAGGAGCAAGAGUGUGUGUACCAGGCACAGAGCCGGUGGCGCGGCACUGGGAAGUUCAUCCUCAAACUGAAGGAGCAGAUGGUGCGUGAGGAUAAGAAGAAAGUGAUGUCAUUUGCCAGCGAGUUGAAGAAACUGACCAGUCGCAGUCGCAGUAUGACCACAGGGGGUGCUGCAGAUGGUCCGGCGCAGAGUAAGGACGAGAGAGCAGCAUGCUGUGUGGCUCUGACUGAGCUCCAGGAGUGACUCUGUCUGCUGUCUGUGCAUGGAGCGGCAACAGAGGGUGCCUGUCUGCAGCAGUGGGGCUGAAGGCCUGGGUGAAAGAGGGGAGGCUCAUGCAGAGCUCCACCUCCAGGAAACUGGUCCGAGAAAGCCCGCUCCCCCUCUCCACUCUGACCCCCGCGUCCUGGAAACUCCACCUCCUCCGCAACUGGAAGAUCCACAAAUAAAGCCAGACAAGUGAGAGAUUUCUUCAUUGACCACUUCUACUGAAGGUUUCAAGUCAGUCUGGAGCAGAGGGCGUCUAGACUCCACAGUCCUGCUUUAGUUGGUAGUACAAGACCCUCCUGGACUGGACCUUAGCUCUGGUACUUAGUAGAGGACAGACAGAGGCCUGAGGGUUGACACAGUCAUAUUUGGGUGGGGUUGCGUUUGAAGACCCCAUGUUACGUCACUUUAGAGCUGAGGCUCAUAUCACAGAGCAGCUAUAAGGGCUCCGAGUUUGGGGAGUUCUGGAGUUACGUUGUAGAGAACAAGGUGUUUUCUUGAGGAUUAGAUAUGGCCCUUUUAGAAAACAAAUGCAGGAUGUAGGUCAAACUACAUCCACAUUUAGAUGAUUGGGGGUUUUGCUUUCAGAUAAUUUAAUUUUAUUUGUACACACCAUGUAAAAUAUUGUGCAUUCUUUACAAAUAGCCACCAAGUAGCUAAACUGCAUUUUACACUAUAUACACUAAAUGAGGGGUGCUGUAUUCAAAAACAAGGAAAGGAAGGAUAGUACGUAGAGAAGAAAGUAGACAAGCGGGCUUGUUUAGUUGUUUAGUACACUGUUCGAUAAUGACAGUACUGUACAUGUACGCACAUCAGCAGGUGCAGGUGGUCAUCCAGGGACAAGAGUGACCUUUCAGCAUCUGCAUUUUGUUCCUUUUAAAAUAUUUUACUGACAUUGAUUUGAUUUAUUGAUUUUUAUUGAGAGAGCAUUCAUUUUGUUUUAAUUUGCCAUUUCAUUUCAAAAUUGCUAAAUUUGCAUUGCUCUAGUUUCCUGAGGUUAAUGUGGAAACUACACAUUAUUAGCUCAAAGUUUGAAUUUGGAUUGAGUGAAAUAAUUAGUUGUAUACUUUUUUCCUUAUGAAAAAGAAAACAUUAUUUACAUUUCCUUUAAAUUGAUUAUCAAAAGUUGUAUCUUUGCUUUGUUCAAUUUUUAGAAUUGCAUGCUGUUUUCAAAAAUGUAUUUUUUGAAAAACUGGAGAAUAAAAGUGGAAAGUCACAUUCCAUUGUUAAUUGGCAAAAACUAAUGCUAUUCUUUAGACAAGUUUCUUUAGUCCGCAUGUGAUUUAUGUAUGUUUUAUUUUCGCCCUGAUUUGGCACUGGUAGUAUGGCCUAUUUCCUUAAGUGCAAGAGCAUGUGGUGCUUUGGUCUAAUAGGUUUUUAGGUAAAUAAGAUUGUGAUUCCCGAAAGCACAGCUCUUUCUGCACAUGAUAAUCAGCUGCAUAGUGGCUUCUCUAAUCCUGUUAUUCAUUCAGGAAAUGUCUAUUAAGCACACCAGCCUUUUGCCCACUGCUGCACUGAUUAUACUAUACUAUAGAGAAAUGCCUCACCUAAAUGAAACUUAAAGGGACAUUUUCCUCACAUUUGACAUGAGCCCAGCUGUUUGCUCUCUUUCCGCCUUUGUAGAUCCUGCUUUUGAAUGUAUCAUGGUAAAGAAAGAGCGAUAAAUCAUUGUUAUUUAUUUCAAUGUGAAGCCCUGGUUGGCAUUUUUCUGUGUAUCAUUUCUUGUCAAUAUUUUUAUUUAUUUCAACUGCCCUAAUUGUACUCCUAUUUAGUUUUAUUAUAAUUGUAUUGUACAAUUGUCCUUUCCCAACAGCAGCAUGAUGUCUUUUCUUUAGUGAGGUUUUUUGGUUGUGUCCUCUGAAUGAGCAUGCCGUAGCUCCUCACCAUCAUGUUACACUCCACAUCAUGCACAUGUCAUUAUGUUGCUGUUAACAUCGACUAUUUACUUGAAUUGAAGGAAUUGUAUUUUGGUGAAUGUCGUA